AUGAGUAAAUUGUGGGAGGUCGAUCCACAGACCAAGGCCAAGUUGUUGGAGAUCUCAAAGGUCAACGAGAACAACCGAUGCGUAGACUGUGGUGCACCGAGUCCACAAUGGGCCUCUCCCAAGUUCGGCAUCUUUUUCUGCCUAGCAUGUUCCGGGAUACACCGAUCGCUGGGUGUACACAUCUCGUUUGUGCGCUCCGUGACCAUGGAUGCCUUCAAGACAGGUGAGGUUAAGAAGAUGGAGUUGGGUGGAAACAAGCCGUGGAAGGACUUCUUCAACGCACACAGCAGCAAUAGCUUGGCAGGGAGAGACUUCGAAAGUUGCACAAUCUCAGAAAGAUAUGACAGCGAUGCAGGCGAGGAGUGGAAGGACAGGCUGACGGCCAAGGUGGAGGGCACAGAGUAUGUGCCAGGGUCGAGCGCAAAGGCAGCGCCCAAGAAGGCGACCGCCGAGAGCGUAGCGAACACACCUGCCGGAUCAGGACGCAACACACCACUAUCGAACGUCAGGUCAGUCCCACAGCGAGCAGCGACACCUUCACAAAAGGCCCAGAAUGAGGCAUACUUUGCGCGCAUGGGCGCCGAGAACGAGAAUCGCCCCGACAACCUCGCACCCAACCAAGGCGGCAAGUACGGCGGGUUUGGCUCUUCACCAAUGCCCACGAACAACAACUCCGGUAGCGCUCCAGCUCUAGACGACUUCCAAAAAGACCCCGUAGCAGCCCUCACCAAAGGGUUUGGCUGGCUCUCGAGUACAGUCUCCAAGCAAGCAGCCAACGUCAACAAAGCAUAUAUCCAGCCCGGCAUGCAGAACAUACAGUCCGGCGACCUAGCAGCACAAGCAAGAGCAGCGGCAAUGCAAUUCGGCACAGUAGCACAACAAGGCGUCAAGGGCGUGGGAGAUCGAUUCAACAAGUUUGUCGAUCCCGAACAUCAACCCGGCACUGCUGGACAGAGGAGAGCAGCGCCCGAGAAGGCAGAUUUCUGGGAUAGUUUUGGGCAGGACCCGAACGGUCCACCCAAGGAGAAGAAGGACUUCUGGGACGAUUUCGCGGCUGCGGGCGAAACGGCGACGCAACAGAAAGCAAAGUCGUCGAAUCUGGGCACGAGUGCCAUGAAGACAUCGAGUAGUGCGGGAGCUGGGGCAGCUGGGAAGAAAGAUGAAGGUGGAUGGGGUGAUUGGUAG